UUUUUCUUAAUUUACCCACGCACCUACUUCAGCAGAGAAAAGACCUAAAAAUGCCAAUUCCAUUCUCCCUCAUCCUCCUCAUCAUGUUGCCUCUCCUGCAGGCUCCCACCUCCAUUUUCUCCUCCCCACUUCAACACCCCGAGCAUAUAGUCCAACAAGUCAAUGAGAGCAUCAUGAAUGGUACCAUAGCUAGGAGGAACCUGGGAUUUCUGUCCUGUGGAACCGGCAACCCCAUUGAUGACUGCUGGCGGUGCGACCCUCAAUGGGAAAAGAAUCGUCAGAGGCUAGCUGAUUGUGCCAUUGGGUUCGGUAAACAUGCCAUUGGCGGCAAACAUGGAAAAAUAUACGUUGUGACGGACCCCAGUGACCGUGACCCUAUCAACCCCAAACCUGGGACUCUUAGGCAUGCUGCUAUCCAGGUCCAACCUUUAUGGAUCGUUUUUGCUCAUGACAUGGUGAUUAAAUUGAAGCAAGAAUUGCUGAUGAACUCCUUUAAGACCAUCGACGGCCGAGGCGCCAACGUUCACAUUGCCGGCGGACCAUGCAUUACUAUACAGUACGUGAGCAAUGUUAUAAUUCAUGGGAUUAGCAUACAUGAUUGCAAGAGAGGAGGGAAUGCUUAUGUGAGGGACUCUCCUAGCCAUUAUGGUUGGAGAACUAUAUCGGACGGUGAUGCGGUGUCGAUAUUUGGAGGCAGCCAUGUUUGGGUGGACCACUGCUCGUUGUCAAAUUGCACCGAUGGGCUGGUCGAUGCCAUCCAAGGAUCCACAGCCAUCACCAUUUCUAACAAUUAUAUGACCCAUCAUAAUAAGGUCAUGCUCCUGGGCCAUAGCGAUUCUUACAAGCAGGACAAGAACAUGCAAGUCACCAUUGCCUUCAACCACUUUGGAGAACGGCUUGUGCAAAGAAUGCCUAGAUGCAGGCAUGGGUACUUUCAUGUGGUGAACAAUGAUUACACGCACUGGGAAAUGUAUGCAAUUGGUGGUAGUGCUGAUCCUACAAUCAACAGCCAGGGCAAUAGAUUUGUUGCACCAGAUAAUGUGAACAGCAAAGAGGUGACAAAACAUGAGGAUGCGCCGCAAAGUAAAUGGAAGGAAUGGAAUUGGAGGUCAGAAGGGGAUCUGAUGCUGAAUGGAGCAUUCUUCACUGCAUCAGGCAAAGGAACCUCGUCUAGUUACGCCAAGGCGUCGAGCCUGGGUGCCAGACCAUCCUCACUGGUGAACUCGCUCACGGCAGGAGCCGGUGCACUCGUUUGCAAGAAGGGGUCCCGUUGCUAGCUAGACAUUCCAAGGGUAAUAGUGGUGGGCUAAUAUUAGCAAUAAAAAAGGAUGGAAAUUUACAUAUUGAAUGUUCAAUUGAAUCAAUGAAAUGUGUCGUCAUUGUACGUAAAAA